AUGCUAAGGCAACAAGCUACUGAUAUGAUCUGCUCUUUGCUUCGAUCUGGCUUCAGCCUCAGCUCCGGCCACCGAGCUCGAGCUGCCCUCUGGUGCCAAAUCACCGCACUUCUGACACCUACCCACCGCCAGGAUUUGACGGCACGAAGGGCACGACGAAUGAGAUUCCAACCACGGGUCAAUGCAUCCUACAUGGAAUCCGUGUCCGCACUGCGGCAACACUCGGAUUUCGUCUCCAGCAACAAAUUCCGCCAAGCAAAUCGCGCAAUCGGAAAAUUUUCCAGCGUCAUCGUCACCGGAGGCGUAGGUGAGCUUGGGCAAAGAUUUGAGGAUCUUUUUCUUGAGGCCUUUGUUCGCCGUAGGAGGUUGGGUAGAGGGGCGCCUGGUUCUGCGGGAGAUCCGGCGUAUCCAGGCACAGCGAGCGACGGCAACGAGGCCGAGUACGCAGAUUAG